UCAAACGAGAGUCUGAAAUUUCGAGACGUCUGUCAGUGCCAGUCAGCCGAUGCAUUAGUAGUUGUCCAUCCGUUGCGGUGAGUCGUCCGGCAAAUUUUGUUAAUCAUUUUUAGUUUUUCGGUUUACGGGCGAGGAGAAACCGCUGCCAGCGGUUCGGUAGCCGGAGUGGUGCACUUUUUCUUUCGAAAGCGUUUUGUUGGACUUCUGUCCACUAGUGUUGUGAAAUUUGGAUAGUCCCAAGCGAAUCAAGGGACCGCAAAAUGGGGCAGCACGUGUCCAGGACGGAUUUCGAGUGGAGUUACACGGAGGAACCGCACGCCAGCCGAAGGAAAAUCAUUCUGGAAAAAUACCCGCAAAUUAAGAAACUGUUCGGAUAUGAUCCGCGCUUCAAGUGGGUGGCCGGUUCCAUGGUUCUGGCCCAGUUUGCGAUGCUGUUCGUGAUGAAGGAUCAGUCGUGGAAGAUGAUCUUCCUGGUGGCGUACUUUUUCGGGGGAGUUAUCAAUCAUUCGCUAGAGCUGGCCUGUCACGAAAUCGCACACAAUCUGGCCUUUGGACAUGCGAGGCCCAUGGCCAACCGGCUGUUUGGCUUCUUCUGCAAUCUCCCCAUUGGGUUGCCCAUGUCGGUGAGCUUCAAGAAGUAUCAUUUGGAACAUCAUCGGUACCAAGGGGACGAAGUUAUCGAUACGGAUUUGCCAACGCUGCUGGAAGCAAAGCUAUUCUGCAACACACUCGGGAAGUUCAUUUGGGUUUGCCUACAGCCCCUGUUCUACAUAUUCCGGCCGCUGAUCGUCAAUCCGAAGCCCCCGCAAAAGUUGGAGAUUGUCAACGCAAUCAUCCAGCUGAUUUUCAACACCAUUGUCGUGUAUUUCUUCGGGUGGAAGGUGAUGGUGUACCUGAUUGUGGGAUCGCUGCUGGCAAUGGGUCUUCAUCCUGUGGCCGGCCAUUUCAUUUCCGAGCACUACAUGUUCGCCAAGGGAUUCGAAACGUAUUCCUACUACGGCCCGCUGAAUUGGAUCACCUUCAACGUGGGCUACCACAACGAGCAUCACGAUUUUCCGGCCGUUCCGGGACGGUACCUGCCGGAGGUGAAACGAAUCGCUCCGGAGUUCUACGACACCAUACCGCAGCACACCUCGUGGACCAAGGUGCUAUACGACUUCAUCACGGAUCCGGCCAUCGGACCGUACGCGCGGAUCAAGAGGAAGGCCAGGGGACUGGACUCGUAAGCGCUUCGCAGCUUUCGCGGGAUUGGCCCGCUGUUCGCAUCAUCUCGUCCCAUUGGCUCCGUGUCAAAUAUGAAGGAUUUGUUAUAAAGGUAAGAUUUCUCAUGCUUUUGCCGACCCCCGCUCCGUUAUGAUUGAAAGCAUAAUUGAAUUGAGACUUCUCCUAUUUAUGUGAGUAUUAACAAGUAAGCAAAUCUGGUAACCAAUUACCAGUAAUAUAUGUAUAGUAAGAGAGACCUAAGUAUGCGCACUUUGAUUUCGAAUCGAUUGUUAAUUUUCCACAACGUUGCAGUUUGAAUUGGAUUGUCAAUUGAACACUUUUAUUUGUUAAGUUAUUUAAAUAUUGAAGCGCACGCGAAUCUUUGACUGGACAUUUGCAACUACGCAAGAUAUUACUUUGUAACUGUUUGUAUGUUCCAUAACUGAUGCAAUUUUUAUUUUUCUAUCGUCGUUUUGAGUCAUAAUAAGUGUUACCCGGCGUUAAAGGCGAAAACAGUGUGGCAAGUCUCCGUUGGCAAAGCCAUAUUCAGUUCCAGUCAAUGCAGUUUGAGGAAAUGUAAGGCAGGGAUUUAGAUAAAGCAUGUGUGUAAUCCCGGUUGAGUACACAGAAGCACUUAUUUCUAGGUAGUAUAGGGCAAACAAAUAACGAAUUAUAGAUUAUUUUCUAUGAAACGUCCUACUAGGUGUCGCUAGGUGUUGAAUUCGCUGUUAACCAAUUGAACUAUUCACGAAGCCAAGUAUGUACUGAAUACGAAGAUAACUGACGAUCUGUGCGGGAUUUAUUGUGAGGGCGAAUACAGAAGAAAAAACCAAACAAGAACCGUUGCUUAAUAGAUUACUAUAUUUCAAAGUAAAUGAGCUAAUUGUAAUACAACAGAUGAGCACUAUUUGGACCGCGUCCACUAACCAA